UUGGUUGUAAAUUUCAUUUCCUUUUUUGCUUCGUUUGCGUCUCACAUUUUUAAAACCCCAUUUGUGUCAAUCUCAGAAACUCCGAAAAUCCGACUCACUGAAGACCAAAGCUUUCAAAAUCAUCACAGGAAUUAGGAAGGAGGUGUUUUGGACAGAAAGGGAGCAAAAAACGUAUUCCUUUACAUGGGUGGUCAUGAGGGCUGGAUGCAGCGAAACGGAUUCCACCCUAAUGGUCUCUUGCCCAAUGAAGCAGCUUCUGUGACUCGGGAGAUUGAUCCAGACAGGUGGUUGAUUGCUGAAGGGAGGACUGCAGAACUGAUUGCCUGCAUCCAGCCCAACCAACCCUCUGAGGAGCGCAGAAAUGCUGUCUUAAAUUAUGUGCAGCAGCUCAUCACAAGGAGCUUCUCUUGCGAGGUGUUCGCCUUUGGGUCAGUUCCACUCAAGACUUAUCUACCUGAUGGGGACAUUGAUCUAACUGCUUUCAGUAAAAAUCAAAAUUUGAAGGAUACCUGGGCUAAUGAGGUCCGUGAUAUGCUAGAGAGUGAAGAGAAGAGAGAAGAUGCUGAAUUCCGUGUGAAAGAGGUUCAGUACAUCCAGGCAGAGGUGAAGAUAAUAAAGUGCCUUGUAGAAAAUAUUGUAGUGGAUAUAUCUUUUAACCAGCUUGGUGGUUUAUGUACCCUUUGCUUCCUUCAGGAGGUUGACAGUUUGAUAAACCAAAAUCAUCUAUUCAAGCGCAGCAUUAUAUUGAUUAAAGCUUGGUGUUACUAUGAGAGUCGUAUACUGGGUGCUCAUCAUGGACUUAUUUCAACUUAUGCUCUGGAAACCUUGGUUCUAUACAUAUUUCAUGUUUUCAAUAAUUCCUUUGCUGGACCACUCGAGGUACUAUAUCGUUUUUUGGAGUUUUUCAGUAAAUUUGACUGGGACAACUUUUGUAUUAGCCUUUGGGGUCCGGUACCCAUUAGGUCUCUUCCUGAUAUGACAGCUAAUUCUCCUAGAAAGGAUGGUGGAGAGUUAUUACUCAGCAAAUUAUUUCUUGAGGCUUGUAGCACUGUAUACUCUGGCCAAGAAAAUCAUGAGCUACCCUUCAUUUCCAAACAUUUUAAUGUCAUUGAUCCUUUGCGUACAAACAACAACCUUGGGCGUAGUGUCAGCAAAGGUAAUUUUUUUAGGAUUCGUAGUGCCUUUGCUUUUGGGGCUCAACAGUUGGCCAGAUUACUUGAUUGCCCCAAAGAGAAUAUAAUUUUUGAAGUCAAUCAGUUUUUCAUGAACACAUGGGACAGGCACGGGAAAGGGCAUCGCCCUGAUGCGCCUAAUCCUUUUUCCACUAACUUGAAUCGCAUUGUUGAUGGUCUUGGGAAAUAUUCAAGCGAAUCAAGCCACAAGAGAGAGAAGGAGAAUUCUACUCGUCAUGAAUCUGAUGUUGAGGUGAUUCAUGCUUCUCACUCUAAUCGUGGUAUUUUCUCCCAGAAUGCUAACCAGUCCUUGAAACGGAUAUCCAGGACGAAUAAUGCGAAUUCCAUUUGUCUUACUCAAAGCCAAAAGAUUCAUGCCAACUUAACUAGCUCAGUGGCCUCUGAUCUGAAUCGUAGGAUUACACAGAAUAUUAGUUCUAAUGAGAUUGCACAUACUGAUAAGGGAAGAAGUGCCAGACCAGAUAACUUGGGGAACAAACUACAUGCCAGAUAUCAGUUUGCAAGGACACAUUCUAGUCCCGAGCUUACAGAUUCAUCUAGUGAUUUUUUAUAUCGAGGAAGGCGUAUCAAGGCAUCCCAAACAACCAAAGGGCAGACUACUUCUACAAGGUUGGACCGUAGCAGGCGAAUAAAUUCAGGUGCUGAAGUUUCAGAGAACAGUGCAUUGUCUUUAGCUGAAGACCUACCAUCCUCUAGGCAGAGCUCAAUUCAUGGCAGUGCUGAUUCUACUGCUGAUUUGAACAGUGUUUCAAAUUACCACGGCGAGUCUGGUAUAGGUGCAAUGGGAGAAGAUCGACCUUCUGUUGCUGAGGCACUGCAGAUGCAUCAGGAUGAGCAAGAUCUAGUGAAUUUGAUGGGUUUUUCAAGGGUUCAUAAUUUCAGUGGACAUGUUCAGACACCUGUGAAUUUUGCUUCUGCUCAUUUACCCAUUCCAUUAUCACCUUCUAUUUUAGCUUCAUUGGGAUACGGUCACAGAUUUCCUGCUGGUAUGGUUCCCACUAUUGUUCCAUCAUUUGAGUCCCCCUGGGGUCCAAAUAUGCAUUAUUCUCAAGGUUUAGUCUCUUCUCCAGGAUCUCAAUACAUUUCAACUGUAGGAAUUUCCUCAAAUCAUGAAGAGAUUGUUGAACCAAUUGACAAUAGUUUGGAAUUUAAAGAAAGCUGUCAUGAAAAUAGUGAUCAUGGCUUGUGGUCUGAACAGUAUGCAGAUUCUCUCAGAGAGUUUGAUCCUGAUAAUGGGAGUUUUCAAGUGCAACAGCUGGGGGAAAAGAACAAAGUCACCUUAACAGGCUUUCCUGUUGUCCCUUCAUCUCAGGUAAGUAUCUCUGAGGGUUGUUCAAUGAAAGACCAUGCAUCAGUGGAAGAGAAUGGAGGUUUAAUUAGGGAAUGUGUUGGUGAGAAUCCCCAUUAUCGAAAAAUUGGUGGAAGUGGUGCUUACACUGCCAGUUCAAGAAUUGUAUCAGCUUCGUUGAGAACCAAACAGUCUUCUGAGAGUUCCUCAGAUGGAUCAUCUUCAAAGAACUCCAAGUCGAUGGCGGGUAGGUGGGGCAGAAAAUUGACUCCCAAUGAAGAUCGGUCUACUUCAUAUAAAAAUGGGUGGCAAUAUGAGAACGAAUCAGUUGAUCAUCUUUCUUCACGGACUGAUGAUGACAACAGAGACUGGAUUCGACUCUCAACAGUUGACACCGAAGUGGCAGAGAGUGAGGCUACUGGAGCUGUUUCUUCACUUCUGCGUAGCCGUCAGAUGCCUGAUACUGAACCAGCACAGACGAGUGGAUCAAAUUCAGUGCUUCCUGUUGCUCCAAUGUUUGCAGAUUAUGGUUCAAGGCAGAGAGCAACGGAAAACAGUGGGAUGUUACCUUUUGCUUUUUAUCCUACAGGGCCUCCAGUUCCUUUUGUAACUAUGCUUCCAUUUUACGGUCUUCCAACUGAGCCAGGAAACUCCGAUGCAUCCACAAGCCAUUUUAAUAGGGACGAGGAGUUUAAUAAUCCCCAUAAUGGUCAGUCUGAUCAAAGGUUGGAUUCAACUGAGAAUCUAGUUCUGCCAGAUGUUUCCAGUCAUUCUAAUUUGGAGGGGGCUGAUUUGGCUGAGCCUUCUGAAGAGCACAGGCCUGAUAUUUUGAACAGUGACUUCACCAGCCAUUGGCAAAAUCUGCAGUAUGGACGGCUAUGCCAGAAUCCCCAAAUUCAUGGACCCACACUUCAUCCUUCCUCUGUUGCAUCUCCAAUAUAUAUGCAGGGUCAUAUCCCAUGGGGCGGUCCUGGAAGACCUGUUUCUGCAAAUGCAAACCUUUACAGUCAGCUUAUGGGUUAUGGUCCUCGCAUCAUUCCUGUUCCACCUCUCCAGCCUGGUUCUAAUAGGCCUACUAGUGUUCAUCAGUAUUAUGGUGAGGAGAUUCCUCGAUCUCGGGGUGGGACUGGAACUUACCUGCCUAAUCCUAUUAGUUAUAGGGAACGGCAAUCUUCAAAUACCAGGAACAACAGGGGGAGUUACAGCUAUGAUCGGAAGGAUCACCAUGGUGACAGGGAAGGUAAUUGGAUCAACUCAAAGCAACGAUUUGUGAAUCGUGGCGAAGGUCACAAUCAAUUUGAGAAACCGAAUGCAAGAAUAGAUAGGAGUACGGCAAGCAACAGUCGAUCUAAUAGGCCUCGAGAUAGUUUAAAGCCUGAUUCUUUUCCUUCAAACCGUUCCCAGAAUGGUCCAUUUAAUUCUUCAAACUCUAUCCGCCACGGCCCUCCAAAUGUAGCAUAUGGCAUGUAUCAACUACCGGUAGGAGGUUCUCAUGGCACUGCUGUGCCUUCUGUUGUUAUGCUGUAUCCAUAUGACCAAAACAUGGGUUGUGUUUCUCCUGCUGAGCAACUUGAGUUUGGGUCUCUUGGACCUGUGCAUUUCCCAGGUAUAAAUGAAGUAGCACCCCUUGGUGAAGGAUCAUCAAAUGGUGUCAAUGAGAACCAACAUUAUCGAGUAGAUUCUUCGUAUUCUUCACCAGAUCAACCCUCUUCACCCAUGCUUCAAAGGUAAUUGCUCCUGCCGUUUCUCAGGGUGCAAACAACUAGGCUGAAAAACACCAAUGGUUUAUGUCGGAGUUUCUGGUAGAUGCUGGUGUCUUUUACAGCUUGGGGAUCUAUGGUACAAAGGGUUGUUCUGCUGAUAUAUCUACUACUUGCAAUCCAUUUCCUGGUUUGAUUGGUUCGGACAUGCUCAUAUAAUUGGAGUGCCAAGUUUGCAUUGGCUGUGGUUGAACUGACUGAACAGUUUGAGGAAUUCUGCUGGAUGGUUGGUUACAUGUAACCAGUGCGACUUUUGGCUUCACUUGUUGCUCGUCUAGAGUAAUAGGCAUGCGCACUGCCAGAGCAUGGUUUAUUAUGCAAAUCAUACCAUUCGUUGUUACUUAGCAGGGUGGUUCCAGAUUGAAGGUACAGAAGAAUUAUCUGUUAAAAGGUGUGUGUUUCCCUCAUUCAAAUAUAAACCCGGGAGAUCAGAUAGCAUAGCGGGAGCAACUAUAAAUCAUCGCAAUACAGGAACCUUCCAUUCACUCCUCAUGUGUAAGGGAACUGUUUUUCUUUGCCAUUCCAGUAGAUUGCGUGUUCCCCUUCUGCAGACGAACAACCAUUUCAUACCGGUGUACUGCUUCUCUGUUCAGCCUAUUUUGCGAUGGUAUGGUGUAGAAAUAUCGACGGUGGCUUGGGAAAACCAUUCUGUGGUGGUAUGGGAGAGGGAUGUUGAAGAUGAAGCAGUUCUUUUACGGUCACCCAAUUGAAUUACCUGCCUGAGGUAAAGCAGUUAGGGUUCACUGUGCUAGGGCUUGCUUUUCUAAUUUGUAUGUACUGUAACAUACUGGUUAGGUUUCUUCCUCUUAUUUCUGUCCUUUUUCUCGACUGAUAUAUGUGUUGAUGGUCAAAACUUCCAAAUGUACUAUUAUCAUUUUCAACAGAAAUUUGUUUGAAAAUUUUUCAAUUGCUUUAUUUAGUGACAAAA